AUGCCUGUGAUUAAAGGACAUGAUGUCAUUGCUCAGGCGCAAUCUGGUACCGGAAAAACAGCCACCUUUUCAAUUUCCGCUCUCCAAAAGCUAGAUUCAAAUCUUAGACAGUGCCAAGCUUUGAUCCUAGCUCCGACCCGAGAGCUCGCACAGCAGAUUCAAAAAGUUGUUGUUGCUAUCGGUGAUUUUAUGAACGUAGAAUGCCAUGCUUGUAUCGGAGGCACAAGCGUUCGUGAUGAUAUGAAGUCUCUCCAAGAAGGGCAACAUGUUGUUGUUGGCACACCCGGUCGUGUCCUAGAUAUGGUCAACCGACGCUUUUUGAAGACAGACGCCAUCAAGAUGUUUGUGCUUGAUGAAGCAGAUGAAAUGCUUUCUCGAGGAUUUACCGAUCAAAUCUAUGACAUUUUCCAACUGCUACCCCAGUCAACUCAGGUUGUACUCCUCUCUGCUACCAUGCCUCAAGACGUUCUUGAGGUAACUAGCAAAUUUAUGCGCGACCCAGUCCGGAUUCUCGUCAAGAAAGCUGAGCUCACACUUGAGGGUAUCAAGCAAUUUUACAUCGCCGUUGAGAAGGAAGACUGGAAACUUGACACACUUUCUGAUCUUUACGAGACAGUAACCAUCACCCAAGCCGUCAUUUUCUGCAAUACCCGCCGAAAGGUCGACUGGCUAACCGAAAAACUUACCCAACGUGACUUUACCGUGUCGGCCAUGCACGGUGACAUGGAGCAGCAACAGAGAGACUUAAUUAUGAAGGAAUUUAGAUCAGGAUCCUCUCGCGUCCUCAUCGCCACUGAUCUCCUCGCUCGUGGUAUUGAUGUUCAACAAGUUUCUUUGGUAAUUAACUAUGACUUACCGUCUAAUCGUGAAAACUAUAUCCACAGAAUCGGUCGUGGUGGUCGUUUUGGACGAAAGGGUGUUGCUAUUAACUUUGUUACGGCUGAUGAUGUGCGAAUGAUGCGUGAGAUUGAGCAAUUCUACAGCACCCAGAUUGAAGAGAUGCCGAUGAAUGUUGCGGACCUCAUUUAA